AUGGGCGCAGAACCGGACACGCAGCGCGAAUCGACGCUGGACGAAUCGGUCCAAGUGGCCGAUGCGUACGACGACGACGAGGAGUCGCAGUACGCAUCGGUCAGCAAGCAGACGAUCGAAGCCAGUGCGCGCUACACGACCGUGCGACAACUCUUCACGUCCCCCGCCGACUACGACCCGGCGCGCGAGACGCACUACGUGCUGGUGGUGCACGGCACGUUCGACUCGCCGCCCGCCGCGGGGAAUCCGCCGCCGUGGUACUUCCUGGACGCGAAGCGCGCCGACAACUUCUGCCACCUCAUCGCCAAGGACCUCAAGGGCACGCCGCUCGGCUUCGACGCCGUCUGGCGCCAACUGCCCGACUCGCACGCGGGCAUGCGGCUGCGCGAGGACGUGCCGUACCCUUUCCACUGGUCGGGGCACAACACGCACGAGGCGCGCGUCGGUGGUGAGCGCGCCUGGGGGGGAAGAUGGGUGAGCGCGCCUGGGGGGGAAGAUGGGUACAGUGAGCAGCAAGGGGCAAGGAUGAUGGGAACGGCACGGCCAAAGGCAGCACGCCAUGCUUGCUCGUCCUCGUGCAAACCAUCUCUCUUAUCCGCCAAUGCCGCCACUCAUUACCCCCCCGAACCCAUCUAUUCCACCACGGGCCCCCCUCCUUUCCCCCUCCCUGGCGCAGCGGGCAAAGCGUUGGCGCAGCUGAUCCACGCGGUGGGGCGCGCGGACCCGUCGGCGCGCGUGCACGUGGUGGCGCACAGCCACGGGGGCAACGUGGCGCUCAAGGCCGUGUCCAAGUACCUCUCCAUGCUGCGCCGCGACUCCCGCGACCCUGCGCGCGCCUCCCACGACCAGAUCACCGCCGCCUUCUGGGAGGCGCACGCUGAAGGGUACCGAAGCAUAAAGGAGCACCAGCAGGUGAAAGUGGGCGCGGUCUGGAUGCUGGCGUUCGCGCCGUUCCUGGUGGUGAAGCGGCCAUGGCGGGGCGACGAGGCGCUAGGCGCCUUCCCCUACGCCUACUUCCGACGCGUUGACUCGCUUCUCGGCCUUCCCAAGCGAGUGCCGCCCCCUGAACCCCUCCUUCUCCGCUCCCCCUCACUCCUGUCCUUCAAGGCCGCCCGCCUCCUCCACUCGCUCCCCACCUCCCUCCACUCUCUGCUCCUCUUUCCCUCUUCUCACCCUCUUCGUCACUCCCUUUGUCUCUCCCACAUAUCUCCUCCACCCACCGGCCAUAACCCCGCAACCCUGUACCCCUUCCCUUGUCCGUCCCCCACUCCCUCCCCCCAGGGUGCGGCAGGCCAAGCCGCGCGCACCAUGGCGGGCACCAUCCUCGCCCUCUCCGUGCUGGUGUUUGUGGUCAUCGUGGGCGCCGUGGUGUCCGUCAAGUACGCCAUCUUCCACGAGGUCAACACCGCUGACCUCACCGGCGGCGAGCUCACAUUCUGGGUAACAGUGGCACUGGUGUCAGUGGCGGUGGUGGUGUACAACACGUUGAGCAGCAAGCGGUACAGCGACGGCAACGUGUAUUUCACGGAGAAGAAGGCGUGGAGCCCAGCCAUGAGCGCGCUCGUGCUCAACGCAGGGAAGCUCGACGAGGCCGCCCUCGCACUCUCCACGGAGCCCCUCGUGCGCGCAUACCUCAUGCCGCAGGUCAAGCGCCACCUCUUCUCUCCGCGCAUCCCCCAUCCCCUCAAUCCUCCAUUCCCCACACCCCAUCCCCUCAAUCCUCCAUUCCCCACACGCCAUGCCCUCGAUCCUCCAUUCCCCACACGCCAUGCCCUCGAUCCUCCAUUCCCCACACCCCAUCCCCUCAAUCCUCCAUUCCCCACACCCCAUCCCCUCAAUCCUCCAUUCCCCACACGCCAUGCCCUCGAUCCUCCAUUCCCCACACGCCAUGCCCGCGUGCGCCAGACCAUGCUGACGCCCGACCCAUGGCGCAUGCUGCGCCCCUUCCCCGCCAAGACAUGGCUGGUGUCGCUGGCCAACCUGUACAACAACUGCUGGGUGGCGCUGUGGACGGUGGUGCUGGCGGUGCCGUACAUGAUCCUGUGGCUGCUCAACUUCCUCCUCGUGCCCUACUUCUGCAACCAGCUGCUGCGCCUCUUCAUCACCCUCGGCUUCGGCCUGCAGAAGGUGUACGUGGAGGAGUGGCUGCGGCUGCCCCCAGCGACGCACAGCAUAGCGCAUUGGAACGUGCAGAAGAUCCUCACCGCCGCCACGCUCGACCAGCUCAAAGACCUCCGCAAGCGAUGUCAGUCUCCCACCAACACAAACACCCCCCCCCCUCCUCUUCCUCGCGGCCCCCACACUCGCGCCUUUGCCCUUCCCCCGCCCCUCCUACCACGCCCUCUGCUCUGCCACACCUUCCCCUGCGCUCACACCUUCCCCUGCGCUCACACCUUCCCCUGCGCUCACACCUCCAGCCGCUCACUUGACACUCCAUCCGUCUCCAUGCCCUGCCUUGCUGCCCCUCCCACUGCACUCUGCAUGCACCCUCACCCCUUUCUUCCCCUCCUUUCUCCCCUUCUCCCCCCCUUCUCCUCUCCCCUCCGCUGUGUGUGGCAUGGAGCAGCGGUGAUACCAGGGGAGGCAGCGGCAACGGAGGAGGCGUUGAUGGAGGCGCACACGCAGCUCGUGGACCCCCACGCCAUCGCGCAGCGCUGGCGCUUCCUCUGGGAUGACGCGGAGUUGGAGAGGAAGGCGGAGGAGUCGACGACACUGGCGCUGCUAAAGAACCAAGUCGAUAAGAUGGCACACAACCCCCGCAUCUCCAGAGUGGCAUUCGAGCGGGAGUUGAAGGUGGUGUGUGUGACAUUGGAGGAGCGGUACAAGGACAUGACAGGCAACGUGGAGCUGUCGCACGGUAGCUACUUCCGCAACCACGUCGUCAUCGCCGUCAUCGCGCACUUCCUGGCCCACGGAGAGGUGCCCUCUUGGGCGCCGCAGCUGGGGGAGAUGACCCCGCCCGCUCAGAAGCCCGCCAAGAAGGGCCCCAUGUCGCGCCUCUUCAGCCGCCGCAUCACACCCACCCCUGACGAGCUCAACAGCACCCCCUCGCAAUAA